UUUUUUUUUCCUGGCCUGGCACCAGCCAUGGAAUAAUCUUUAAUUAUUUGCUUUAAAAAAAUAAAAUAAAAUAAGCCUUUUUUUCUGUGUAGUGCAGUAAAGAAGAAGAGCAGAGCAGACGCAGGAAUGUUCUUGUAUAUGAAAUUGUAGGUAUUAACAGGGCCGUUUUUGUCAGCGGUUUCACUGAUGUAUCAGCUCUCUGCCCCUAGACUAAAUAAAGAGGGGAGCUUUGCCGUUGUUUCAUCCCAGCUUAGAUGAGCAGAUAUAGGAGGACUUUGGUGGAAUUGUUGAAAAAGCAAAUUCUGGCUGAAGAAUGGACCUCUUCCUUAACACAAUACCUAAACAAGUGUCAAGAUUUGGUGAUGGAUGGUCCCAUGUUCUUUUUUUGGCUCGUCAGACACUCCUUAUAUCUUUCUACAAUAUUGUAAAAGUAACGGCAGAAAGCACAGAUUGAUUGCUUACCCUUUCAGGAUAUAUGUUAUGUAUAAUUUAAAAGAUAAGGUGCGUACAGCAUCUGUUUGAAUGUGGCUUUGCUUUUCAAGUCUGCGGGUGCAUGUCUGUUUGAGAGAGAGAGAGAAAAAAGAGGGAGAGGGAGAAAUAUUGCUGACUCUGGUCUUCAGCUGCCUUGUCAUUGACCUCCACGGUCCCAUGGUUGUCACAUUAAGGGCAAUGCAACACACACACAUACAGCCACAUACAGAGAAUUAACACAAGCAAGAGACCUUCAUUUCAUUCAACAGUCCCUGUUAGGCUGGAUGAGAUGAGAUCCCUAUGUAGUGGGCAUCAUGGCAACUUGUGACUCUCCCCCUAUGGUGCCAUCACGGCAGCAAGAACAUGGUGGCCAGAGGCUGGACACUGCUGCUGAGGACAACUCUGUCGUCGCCAUGGAGACCAGCGUCGCCAACAGCAACAAUGCCACCAACAACAACCAGUCGUUGCCUGCCACCAUUGGAGAGCCAGAGAAUGGCCUUGGAGAGCCCACUGUGAGCCCGCUGAGGUCUAAUGCUACCCCCACCACUGUCAGUGCAACCACCGACCCUGUAACUGAACAGAGUCGGAGAGAAAGCUUUACUACCGGUAACAAAGGGAGUGUUACCGGGACUUUACCAGGAGUAGGAGGAGGAGCAGCUUUGGGUUCGGACUGUUCUGCCCCUGCCACGUCUCCCGUGGCGCCGGCAAAGGAGAUCCCCUGCAACGAAUGUUCUAGUACCUUCUCCAGUUUACAAAAAUACAUGGAGCACCACUGCCCCAACGCCCGCCUGCCUACCACUGGAGGACACGAGGAGGGUGAGGACGUUGAAGGGAUGGUAGGGGAGGAGAGUGAAGAUGAAGGAGAGCAUGAAGUGGGUGCUGCAGAAGUGGGGGAAAUGAAUAGUGAAAUGGAGAUGGAUGACGAUAGUGACGUGGAGAACCUGUGCAGCGAGAUCAUCUACCAGCCCGAUGGCUCUGCCUUCAUUGUGGAGGACUCCAAAGAGCAGCGUGGCAACCAGGGGGGGCUCUCUGGAUCUCUCCAAUUCAGGGGCCUGCUGUCCCCCCAAACCUUCCCCAAUGCCCAGGUCAGCAGUGGUCAGAGUGGCCUGAGCCCAGGGGGGGAGCGGUUGGAGCAGCCCGCUGCACCCAUGUCCUUCUAUCCCCAGAUCAUCAACACCUUCCACAUCGCCUCAUCCCUGGGGAGUAAAUCCCUAGCGACCGACCACCCCUCCUUCCAAAAUACCUCAGCUGGAGGGCUGGCGGGCGCUGGUCCCGUGUUGCACAGUUUCCGUGUCUAUGACCUCCGCCACAAGAAUGACAAAGACUAUCUAACGGCGGAUGGUGCAGCCAAAAACUCCUGUGUGUCCAAAGAUGUCCCCAACAAUGUGGACUUGUCCAAGUUUGAGGGCUGUGUGGCCGAUGGGCGGCGGAAGCCUGUGCUGAUGUGUUUCCUGUGCAAGCUGUCUUUUGGCUACAGCCGCUCCUUCGUGACACAUGCUGUCCAUGACCACCGUAUGACCCUGAAUGAUCCGGAGCAGAAGCUGCUGAGCAACAAGCAAGUCUCCGCCAUCAUCCAGGGCAUCGGCAAGGACAAAGAACCUCUUAUAAGCUUUCUGGAACCAAAAAAAUCCCCCAACUCUGGGCUACCCCACUUUCCCACACCUGCCAACUUCCUAGGGCCAGACACGGGGCUGCGCGGUUUGUGGAAUGCUUUCCACAACAACGGGGAGAACGCAGAUUCCCUUCAGGCAGGUUUUGCCUUCUUGAAGGGCAGUGCCAGCAGCUCCUCCAAUGACCAAACCCCCAGAACCCAAACAAUGCCAAAGGCUGAGACCAACCCAAACCUCGGGGGAGGGGCUGGUGCGCACAGAACCCCAACUGGGAGUUCUGCUGCUGCUGCCACUGGUGGCAACAUGGAAGGUCGGAACUCUGCUAGUGACUGCAAGGGCCACAUUAGGGACACAUGCACUUUGCAACCCAAUGGGCCAGACUUGAGCCAGUACCCACCCAUCAAGCGGGAACCCAGUUCAAUGGGAGGAGAAAGUCCAGAGCAGGAUGAGGAUGCUUACUCCAAUGGUGGUGGAGUAGAAAUGGAGGCAGAUGAGGAGGAGGAACAGGUCAUGACUAUGGCGAUGACAGGCCAGCGGGCCGACAGCACCAGUAGCAAAGAUUUCCCUCUCUUAAACCAAAGUAUUUCCCCCCUUUCCAACAGUGUGCUUAAGUUUAACAGUGACAGCAAAGGCCCUACAUCCACCUCCUCUUCCUCCCUGCCUGUGUGUGAGAAGCUGGAGAUGGAGAAGAGCCGUCUGUCCACUGCCCUGGCAGCUGCCAGAGAGCGGGAGAGCAGCAGCGACUCGACCAGUGAAGCCCUGGCAGGACGGGAUGGGUCUUCACCAUCCUCCCACCCCCUUGACAUGAUAAUGGUGCGCAGAGAUGAUGAGAGUCCUGGACCACUGCAUCAACACACAGGAAAUCCCAGUACACCUGGAACUCCAGGGACACCUGGCACUCCUGGUCCUGGUGAAGGGUCGCCAGGUAGUGGUGUGGAGUGCCCAAAGUGUGACACAGUCUUGGGAUCGUCCCGGUCGCUGGGAGGGCAUAUGACGAUGAUGCACUCACGUAACUCCUGCAAAACGCUGAAGUGUCCCAAGUGUAACUGGCACUACAAGUACCAGCAAACACUGGACGCCCACAUGAAGGAGAAACAUCCAGAGUCUGGUGGAUCAUGUGUGUACUGCCGCACAGGACAGCCUCAUCCUCGUUUAGCCAGAGGAGAAAGCUAUACUUGUGGAUACAAGCCUUUCCGCUGUGAGGUAUGCAACUACUCAACCACCACCAAAGGCAACCUUAGCAUCCACAUGCAGUCGGACAAGCAUCUUAACAAUGUACAAACACUCCAGAACGGUGGCAGCGAGGCACAAUACAACCACAACCACGCAAACCCCGUGUCUAGUGCCAGCCUUGGUGGAGGUUGUGGUGCACCCUCACCAUCAAAGCCCAAACAGAAGCCCACUUGGCGCUGUGAGGUGUGUGACUAUGAGACCAAUGUGGCACGGAACUUGCGAAUCCAUAUGACCAGUGAGAAACACAUGCACAACAUGAUGCUGCUGCAGCAGAACAUGAAGCAGAUCCAACACAGCCUCCAUCUGGGCCUGGCCCCGGCCGAGGCAGAGCUUUACCAGUACUACCUGGCUCAAAACAUGGGCCUGGCGGGUGUAAAACUGGAGAGCCCAGCCGGCAGCAGUGGCCCAGACACCCAGAUGAUGCUUAACCCCUUCCAGCUAGAUCCUGCAACUGCAGCUGCUCUUGGAUCUGGUCUCGUUAAUAGUGACCUAUCAGCUGAGUUACGUCUUGCCAGUGGUCAACUGAUGGCAGACGACCUUUCCCUGGUGUCCUCCGGUGGAAUGGGGGGCAUGUCCUCAUCAGAUCCCUCCCUUUCUUCCUUGUCGCCACCUAUCAACGACCCCUUGCUGCGCCUCUACCAGUGCGCUGUUUGCAACUGCUACUCCACGGACAGCCUGGAGGCUCUCAACGCCCACGUCAAUGCUGAGCGCUCUUUGCCUGAAGAGGAGUGGCGGUGCGUGGUGGGCGACGUCUACCAGUGCAAGCUCUGUAGCUACAACACGCAGCUUAAGGCCAACUUUCAGCUGCACUGCAAGACAGACAAGCACAUGCAGAAGCACCAGCUGGUGGCCCACAUCAAGGAAGGAGGCAAGGCCAACCAGUGGAGAUUAAAGUGUGUGGCCAUUGGCAACCCGGUGCACCUCAAGUGCAACGCCUGUGACUACUACAGCAACAGCGUGGAUAAACUGAGGCUACACGCCACCAACCAGAGGCAUGAAGCUGUCAUCCGCCUCUACAAGCACUUGCAGAAGCAGGACAGCACGUACAGCCCAGAGUCGUGCAUCUACUACUGCACACUGUGUGACUACUCCACCAAGGCCCGCCUCAACCUAGUGCAGCACGCCCGCUCAGCUCGCCACCAGCAGAACGAAGGGCUGAGGAAACUCCAGCUGCACCAGCAAGGCCUGGGAGGGGACGAGGACGGACUGAGCCUCCACGAGCUGUUCCACGUCAAGGAGUGCCCUUCCAGCCAAGAAGAGACUGCUGAGGACGGUGAAAGACCUCCUCGCUCUUCCUCUGGGCCUGGACACAACCUCACUGACCGAGACUUGACUGACAGCAGGAGAACUGAUAGAGUGAACGCCAUAUCCAAAGAAGUUGCAGGACCGAAUGCUAUGGUUAAACAUUCCCUCCUGCCAGAUCGACAAAUUGAAAGUCCACCCAAAAGGCCAAAGUCUACUGAGGGGAAGACCUCUGCCAGUGAGCAGGUUCAACAGUGUCCUUAUUGCAACUACAGCAGUAAAGAUGCCAACCGCAUGCAACUCCAUGUGAUGUCCCAGCAUUCCAUGCAGCCAGUGAUCCGCUGCCCACUGUGUCAGGAUGUCCUGAGCAACAAGAUUCACCUGCAGCUGCAUCUCACCCACCUUCACAGUGUGGCUCCUGACUGUGUGGAAAAGCUGAUUUUGACUGUUGUUGGACCUGAUGCAGCAGCACCAAAUAAUAUAAUGCAUCACCAAACUGGACAAGACAAAGGUCUGUCUUUAACGGAUUCCUCUACCUCUCUUACUGAUGGGUCAGGAAAGUCUCAAGGAAACAUCUCAAAGGAUGAGCUGACCACUCAAGACAAGAAUGAAAUGGACCUACAGGGUGAGGAACUGAAGCCCCCAAAGGAGGCCUCUGAGGCCCCAGGCUGGAAGAGAGCUAGUGGGAUGGGACAUGAUAGCAAGUCCCCUGAUACCCUGCAGGACCAUCUCACUGAGCUCCAAAGGCUCCAGCAGCAACAACAGCAGCUCUCAGUAUCUGAUCGUCAUGUCUACAAAUAUCGUUGCAAUCACUGCAGCCUGGCCUUCAAGACAAUGCAGAAGCUUCAGAUACAUUCCCAGUACCAUGCCAUUCGGGCAGCCACAAUGUGCAGCCUUUGCCAGCGCAGCUUCAGGACAUUCCUGGCCCUCAGGAAGCAUCUGGAAAAUGGACACCCUGAACUUAGUGAAGCUGAAGUGCAGCAACUCAUAGGAAAUCUCCCGCUCAAUGGAGAUAUCACUGAGAGUGAGGCUAGGGCCUUGGAGGAAGCUCAGGCCUUUGAACAUGAAUUGGACAAAGAUGAUGAAAUGGACCAGGAAGAGAAGCCCAGUCCCACAGGAAGCGAUAGCAGCUCUCUGCUCGAUGACAUGGGAGCAGAACCAAAACGGACCCUACCGUUUAGAAAAGGGCCUAACUUUACAAUGGAGAAAUUUUUGGACCCUUCUCGGCCUUACAAGUGCACAGUAUGUAAGGAGUCUUUCACACAGAAGAACAUCCUGCUUGUUCACUAUAAUUCAGUUUCCCACCUGCAUAAGCUGAAGAAGGUACUUCAAGAGGCAUCAAGCCCAGUUCCACAAGAGACCAGCAACAGUAUUGACAACAAACCAUUCAAAUGCAAUAUUUGCAAUGUUGCCUACAGCCAAAGCUCAACUCUUGAAAUUCACAUGAGGUCAGUACUCCAUCAGACCAAAGCCAGAACAGCCAAAACUGAAAUGAGCAGCAGUAGCUCUGGCACCAGUGGUCCAGUGCCUGCAAAAAGCCCAGCCCCAAGCACACAAGGGAACAACAGCAACUCAGACACUGCGAGAAGUGGAACACCCUCUGCUAACAAAGAAAGCACUGUGGAAUCCAAAGAAGCUAACAGCAGCAACAACACAAAGCAAACAACUACUGACCAUGUUUCAGCACAGGCAAGCAGCCACCAGUCAGCACAGUCCUCAGCCCAACUGCAGCUGCAGCUUCAACAUGAACUCCAGCAACAGGCUGCUUUCUUCCAGCCUCAGUUUCUUAAUCCAGCUUUCUUUCCCCAUUUCCCAAUGACACCAGAAGCACUGCUGCAGUUUCAGCAGCCACAGUUCCUCUUCCCCUUCUACAUCCCAGGAGCAGAGUUUAACCUUAGCCCAGAACUUGCGCUGCACUCAGCAGCAGCUUUUGGAAUGCCUGGCCUUACUGGAUCAUUCCUAGAGGACCUGAAGCAGCAGAUGCAACAGCAGCAUCAGCUGCAGCAGGCACAGGCUCAGCAGCAGGCUCAACAGCAACAGCAGCAAGCCUCUCAGACACAGUCUCAAAUUCAGCAGCAGAAAAAUCAGACACUGCAGAACCACAAAACAAAAAUGGAGUGCAGUACUGUAUCAGCUUCAGAAAUUCAGACAUCACGAGAGGCAGAUGACCACUUAGAAAAACAAGAAAACAGAGCAAAGAUGGAAAAUGCAGGUGAUGCAUUAAGUGAUGGAGGAAAAGACAACAAAGAUGGUAAAAAGUCAAAGUUCCCAGAACCAUUGAUUCCUCCUCCACGUAUUGUUUCAGGAGCAAGGGGCAAUGCAGCCAAAGCCCUGCUAGAAAACUUUGGAUUUGAACUGGUCAUCCAGUACAAUGAAAACAGACAAAAAAACCAAAAGAAAAAUAAAGAUGGAGUUGACCAAAUGGAAAUGAACACCGAUAAGCUUGAGUGUGGCAUGUGUGGGAAACUCUUCUCCAAUAUGCUUAUUCUCAAAAGCCACCAGGAACAUGUGCACAGUCACUUUUUCCCAUAUGUGGAGCUGGAAAAGUUUGCCCAGCAAUACAGAGAGGCCUAUGACAAACUCUAUCCAAUAAACCCUGCUUCACCUGAGACUCCACCACCGCCUCCUCCUCCUCCGCCUCCGCCACCUUCUGCCCCAGCCCCAGUUACAGCUCCUCAACCCCCUCCACCAUCAAUGACCAAGCCCCAAACCCCAGUACCUUCCCCAGUUCCUGUCUCCCAUCAGACCCCACACCAACCCACUCACCAGGCACCACCACCCCAGCCACCACCCCCUCCUCCACCACCUACUGCUCCUCCUGCACCUCCCCAAGUGCAGCUCCCUGUUCCCUUGGAUUUGCCCCUUUUUCCACCUCUAAUGAUGCAGUCUGUCCAGCACCCAGGCCUGCCUCCACAGCUGGCCCUCCAGCUGCCCACUAUGGAUUCUCUUUCUACAGACCUUACACAGCUCUGCCAGCAACAAUUGGGUAUUGAUCCAAACUUCCUCCGCCAGUCUCAGUUUAAGCGACCACGCACCCGUAUUACAGAUGACCAGCUUAAGAUCCUUCGAGCCAACUUUGAUAUCAACAAUUCUCCCAAUGAAGAGCAAAUUCAGGAGAUGUCAGAGAAGUCUGGAUUGCCCCAAAAAGUCAUAAAGCACUGGUUCCGUAACACUCUCUUUAAAGAGAGGCAGAGGAGUAAAGACUCUCCCUAUAAUUUUAAUAUACCCCCCAUUACUACAUUGGAUGAUAUUCGAAUGGAACCCCAGCUCAGUGCACAUGAACAUUACAGAACAGAUUCAUCUAACCUCAACAAGAGGUCCUCCAGGACCAGAUUCACUGAUUACCAGUUAAGGAUACUUCAAGAUUUCUUUGACACUAAUGCAUAUCCGAAGGAUGAUGAAAUUGAGCAGCUUUCAACUGUGCUCAACUUACCGACUCGGGUCAUUGUGGUGUGGUUCCAGAAUGCCCGUCAGAAAGCUCGCAAGAGCUAUGAAAACCAGGCAGAUUCCAAGGACAAUGAGAAAAAAGAGCUAACCAAUGAGCGAUACAUCAGAACCAGUAACAUGCAGUACCAAUGUAAAAAGUGCAACAUUGUCUUCCCACGUAUCUUUGACCUUAUUACUCACCAGAAGAAGCUGUGUUAUAAGGAUGAAGAUGAGGAAGGUAAUGAUGAAAACAUCUGUGAUGAAGACGCAGAUUACUUUGAGCCAGGUCCAGCAAAGAUUUCCCAGGCACUUUUAGAGCAUCCCAAACUGUCCCAGGGAACUGCCACCAAUUCUGGCUCAAGCUCCCCUGUGAUGGCCUCUCCUCGUGCCAACAUGGGCAAAACUUCACCAAAGCCAGAUGUUGCUCCUGAGUCUGAACCUAAACAAACUGAGACUGCCUCUUCACCAGUCAUCAAGUCUCUACCAGAACCCAGACCAUCUAAGGCUUGCACACCCCAGCCACCUCCACAGAAAGCUCCCCAGCCACAAAUGUCAAGACCCCAUUCCCAGCCACAGGCAGCUGCAGUGCCCUCAAGUCCCCUAUCCUUGGCCCUUUCCUCACUCACUAACAGCCUUCCCCACCAGAUGCUUCAGUAUCAGUGUGACCAGUGUAAGAUUGCAUUCCCCACUGUGGAGCUAUGGCAGGAGCACCAGCACAUGCAUUUCUUGGCUGCCCAAAACCAAUUCCUUCACUCUCAGUUCCUUGAAAGACCUAUUGAUAUGCCAUAUAUGAUAUUUGACCCCAACAACCCUCUAAUGGCUAGCCAGCUGUUAUCUGGAGGCCUCUCCCAAAUCCCCUCUCAGGGUAGCUCUGGUUUGGCCUCUGCUGCAGGCUCUGGAGCAAUGAAGAGAAAACUGGAUGACAAGGAUGAAAAUGCUACCGAUAAAGAUGGUGGAAACAGUAGUGAAGAGCAACACAGAGAUAAACGUUUGAGAACCACCAUCACACCAGAACAACUGGAGAUUCUCUAUGACAAAUACCUACUUGACUCUAACCCAACAAGGAAGAUGUUGGACCACAUUGCACGAGAAGUUGGCUUGAAAAAGAGAGUUGUGCAAGUUUGGUUCCAAAAUACUCGUGCACGAGAGAGAAAGGGGCAGUUUAGGGCUAUAGGGCCCUCCCAGUCUCACAAGAAAUGCCCAUUUUGCAGAGCGCUUUUCAAGGCUAAAUCUGCUCUAGAUAGCCACAUACGAUCUAGGCACUGGCAUGAGGCUAAACAGGCAGGCUUUAGCUUGCCACCAAGCCCAAUGAUGAAUCAAGACAAUGAAAGAGGUGAAAGCCCAAAUAAAUAUAAUUUUUUUGACUACCCACAGCUGCCUACCAAGACUGAGCCAAAUGAGUAUGAGUUGCCUGCUGCAUCCUCAACUCCAGUAAAACCAUCCGAGGCACAAGUAAAAAACUUCUUAAGCCCUUCAUCCUUAAAAGCUGAAAACUGUGAUGAAACUGAAGGGCCCAAUAUUAAUUCAGCAGAAGCUUCAUCUUAUGAUCUCAGUAAGAUGGACUUCGAUGAGACCUCAUCAAUUAACACAGCCAUUAGCGAUGCUACGACUGGAGAUGAGGGCAAUAACAAUGAGGUUGAGAGCUUCACAGCCAAUGGAGGGGACAAACUUAGUGACAAUAGGAGUGGCCUGGCAUCAAAUUCUGAUGGUGGCAAUGAAAGGUUCCAGUUCAGCAUGGUGAGCCCCGCCCUCAGCAUCUCUGGAAAAGACAGUGAUUCUUACUUUAAUUCCCGAGAUGAUGAAAUGGAUGAAAACAAUGACAGGAGUGAAUCAUCAAGCAUAGCUGAUCCCAGUUCCCCCAGUCCCUUUGGGGCCAGUAACCCCUUCAGCAAAUCCGGAAAAGGUAGUAAUGCUGGGGAUAGACCAGGUCACAAACGAUUCAGGACCCAGAUGAGUAAUCUGCAACUUAAAGUCCUCAAAGCCUGUUUUAGUGACUACCGCACUCCUACAAUGCAAGAGUGUGAGAUGCUGGGCAAUGAGAUUGGACUCCCCAAGCGUGUUGUCCAGGUAUGGUUUCAGAAUGCCCGUGCUAAAGAAAAGAAAUUCAAGAUUAACAUUGGAAAGCCAUUCAUGAUAAGUCAAGGUUCACCAGAGGGGCCCAGGCCUGAGUGUACUUUGUGUGGUGUAAAGUACACUGCCCGGAUGUCCGUCCGAGACCACAUCUUCUCCAAACAGCACAUCACCAAAGUGCAAGAAACCCUGGGAAACCAGGUAGAUAGAGAAAAGGACUACCUAGCACCAACCACUGUCCGUCAGCUGAUGGCACAGCAGGAGCUGGACCGCAUGAAAAAAGCUGGUGAGGGACUCGCUCUGCCUGGCCAGCAGCAACAGACUGCAGUGGACAACAGUAAUGCACUUCAUGGCCUCAGCCUACCUUCAGGCUACCCAGGUUUAUCUGGCCUUCCACCAGUGCUACUUCCUGGGGUCAAUGGGCCAUCAUCACUUCCUGUUUUCCCACCCAACACACCUGCUUUAGCGUCUCCCGGUGCUGGCAUGCUUGGGUUCCCUACACCAGCCACCCCCUCUCCUGCCAUGUCUCUCAGCACUACCCCAACCAAGACUCUUCUGCAGACUCCUCCUCCUCCUCCUCCACCACCUCCUCCUCCUCCUGUUCCCUCCACACCUUUGGCAGCAGUAAAUCAUACAGAGCAGCAAGGUAAAGAGAGAGAGAGAGACAGCAGCAAGAAACCAGGAGAAAAGCCACCUCAAUUAAAGGUGAAGGACCGAGAGAACGAGAGCGGCUCACGCCCUGAGACCCCCAGCAUGGCCAAGAAAAGGGAGAAACCAUGUCCAACCCCAGGGAAACCAGGAAGUGAGACUCCACUCGAUGCCACACAGCUUCAGGCGCUUCAGAACGCUCUUGCCACAGGUGAUCCCAGCUCUUUCUUGGGAGGGCAGUUCUUGCCCUACUUUCUACCUGGAUUUCCCAACUGCUUCUCUCCCCAACUUCCCAGAGGGGUCCAAACAGGUGGCUACUUCCCACCACUGUGUGGAAUGGAGAGCCUGUUUCCGUAUGGCCCAGCAGCAGUCCCACAAGCUGCCAUGGCCGCUGGUCUCUCCCCAACUGCUUUCCUGCAGCAGUACCAGCAGUCCCUCCAGGAUUCACUGCAGAAGCAACAGCAGCAGCAGCAGAAACAACAGCAGCAGCAGCAGAAACAACAGCAGCAGCAGCAGAAACAGCAGCAGCAGCAACAGAAGCCAACCCCUGUGAAGACACCCCAGAGCAUACAGAGCACCACCGCCAACUCCUUCAAACCAAAAGAAGCUAUAGAUGCUAAGGAUGACACCAACAAAGGCUCUUCAACAGAAAGCACAAAAGAAGAACCGAAAACAGAUACCAAAAGUACCAUGGAUUUUCCUGACGCUUUUAUUGUACCGUCCGUCAAGCAUGAGUUUAUAUGCAGGAAGUGCCAGAUGAUUUUUGCUGACGAAGAUUCAGUGGUGCGUCAUCAGAAGUCCUUCUGUUACUUCGGACAUCCUUUUACUGACCCGCAAGAGACAGUGCUUCGAAAGGCAGUGAGCAACUACACUUGUGUUGCCUGCAAUGUGGUUGUUAAUGGGAAUGAAGCACUUGGCCAACACCUUCAGUCGAGCUUGCACAAAGAGAAAACAAUCAAACAAGCAAUGAGAAAUGCCAAAGAGCAUACUAGAUUAUUACCUCACUCUGUCUGCUCCCCUACUCCUAACACCACAUCUACCUCGCAGUCUGCAGCUUCUUCUAAUAACACCUUUCCUCAUCUCUCUCACUUGUCCAUGAAGUCCUGGCCAAAUGUCCUGUUCCAGGCCACCACAGCCCGGAAAGCUGCUUCCUCCUCCCCGUCUGCCUCUCCUCCCCCCCCCCUCUCCUCACCUUCAACGGUUACCUCAACUUCCUGCAGCACCUCAGGGGUUCCAACUUCACUACCCACCGAGAGUUGUUCAGAUGAGUCUGACAAUGAGCUAAGCCAGAAGCUGGAUGACUUAGAUAACGCGUUGGAAGUCAAGGCUAAGCCGGCCUCUGGCCUAGACGCGAGCUUCAGUAGUAUCAGAAUGGAUAUGUUCAGUGUGUAGGAGUGACAAAAGGAUCCCUUGCUUAAAGAAAAAAAUAAGACUUUUUAAACUGCAGUUCCAAAGUUUCUCUUAACCCAAAAAAUUACAGUACCAAAUGAUUGACUCAGGAUUGUUUUUCCCAUAUUGAUAUGCUGGCAAGAUAUUGAUUGAUUUUUGUUAUGGACAGAACUGUUGCAGAUGCUUGACUGAGCUUAUAUUGUAUACAAAAACAUGGAGUAGGAAAAAAUCUCACAGGCUCCCUUGGGGGGGCUUGUUUCAAGCCAAAAACUCUCACGAUAGCAAAUUGCACCUCAGCUGGAUUGUUUUCCAAAUGCUAGCAUGUACUGUAUGGGAUGACGAUCCAGAACCCUCAAAGAGAAUCUCUCUUAGUUUAGAUAGGUGUAAUUCAGUAGCUUUAAAUUCUCAGGUCAGAACAUAACAUUUCUCAUUUGUUAAAGCAGCAAUGAGCCUGGGUACACUUGGCUUAUAACCAAAACAUGUCAAGCUUUAUCGGACGCAUUUCCUUGAUGUGUAUAGAGUACCAAGAGACAAUAUUACUGUUACAGUGGACGAUGUGCAUAUCCUUUUAGUUUUGCCCUACAAAGACAGUAUGGUUUUGCCACUGAGGGAAUUUAGAAUGGUGAAGUAAAUGUGUAUGAUGCCCCUGUGUUUGCCAGUUUGUAUUACAACAAGCUGUAUCUAUUCCCCACCCCAUUUUUUUCUUGUAGUAUAUACUAAUCUGUGCCAACUCUUACCCUCUCACUUUUACCUCUGCUCACACCCUUUUCUGAAGAGGUAAUAACUCUAGUUUUGAUAGACUCUCUCGGAUUAUGUGAAUAUAACAUUUUUCAUUUGUGAAUUGCUGUACUGUUACGGUACCUGCUUGUGUCUGGACUAUAGUGCACUUAUUUUUGUUUUUAUUUGUCUUUUUAUUAUUGAUUAGGCCAUUUGUUAAUUUAAUAGAUUUUUUUCUGUUUGUUUGUAUGUAUGUAUGUAUGUUUGUGUUUUAAUUAUUAUUUGUGUCUAUUGCAGCAGCAUAUUGGUCCAUAUUUGUUACAGGAUUGAUGCCUAACAAUCUAGAGACCUAUUUAACAAUUGGUGCAUCCAUGAAAGCAGUACUGUAUACUUGAAACUGUUAAGGUACAAGUUGGUCACAAUGUUAAAAAAGGUAUGAUCAUUUGCUAUACCUUUGCAAAUAUGCUGCUUUAAAAGGGGGACAACAGCAUUUUUGUUGUAUAAUUAAACAUUUUCAUGUACUUGUAGGACUUAAAACAGUGUUACACCUAUACGCAGCCAUUUAGUGCAUAGGUUGACGUCCUCCCAUCAAUUCUCUGGGCACUUCUGAUGAUCUACAGUUAAAGUCAACAUUUUCAAUUUUUCCACAUGUAGUGAUUUCAACAUUGCAAAGUAUUACCUUACAAAGUUUUGCUGCUACUGUGUAAUGUUAUUUUGCUUGCCAUAAGUUCUCUCAACUUUCUACCAGGCAUAAUACUGAUCCAUUAAUUGCUUUGCUUUGCUAUUUUUAUUUUAUAUUAUUUUGUUAUUUUGCUGUGGAACUAAGAAUGUGAAAGCUGUCAAAGGGUGUUCAAUUUUUUACGAAUCACUUUCUAGUUUGGUAAUUGAAACCAAUGUGAUUCAUUCCAAAGUAACAGAAGGCUAUUUGUAUGAAAGAAAAAGGCUUGUGAACAAAGAAAGCUAAGCUGUUGUACAUAUUCGUAGUUGGCUGUGCAUGGUACAAAUUUAUUAAUAUGAAGAAAUGCAAAAAUGUAUUGCUUUUGGUAUUUCCUAUUCUGAGAUGAGCAAGUAGCAUGUAAUGCAACUGUUUGACAGGUUAAAUCAAAUCAUGCUUAGUUAUUGUUUCAAACAAUGAAAUCAAGUAACAUUUCCUCUUCUGUUUUAUUAUUGUAAAGGUGUUUUUUUUUUUUUCAAAGUUUAAAAGCAAAAUGUCAGUUUUUAAUUUUCUGCGUGAGCUUUUUAAAUGUCAUUAUUUGGAUUUUUAGUAUUUUAACAUUUACUUUAAUCCUGAAGACACUUUUCGAUUGUGUUUCAUAAGAGACAUCCUGGCCUCCCAAGGUGCAAUUCUGCCAUUGUACAAACAUGAGCGACUGUCCUGAUUCCAAAGGCUUUCACAACUUGGGCUUUUUGCCUUUCCCCACUCUGUGGCUCAGCAUUAUAGGACUGAACUGUCAGCUAGCAUCAUGUGCUAAGAUGUUAGCAUCAGACAGGACGCUUUCCACACCAAGGACUGGUAAAAGCUAACAAACCAACAAAAAGGAUGGUCCAACAAUAUAACUGUACAUAGAUAUUGCAACUGCACAGCAGCCAAAAAGAAAAAAAAAAAGAACUUUUUAAAAAAAAAAAUGGAUGGAUUGUGUCAUGUUUAUGGGGACAGCCUUCAAAAGGUUGGAAUUGGAAUUGUUCUUCUGGAUGUCAAAGGGAUUUUCAUGGCGCAAUCAUAUCCUACACAAUAUGUACUCUUCAACAUCUGGGUUACAUAGGAAAUGCACCCUGAGGUUUUAAUAAGAAGAAGCCCCUAUGGCUAAAACUUUAAAUAAACUAAACCAAAAAUGUUAUUGAUGUUUUAUAUAUAGAGAGUAGUCGCAUUAGUUUUUGUUACUGUACUGUUUGAGGUCUCAACUGUACCGUAUCACGGUAAUAACAUGGUUUUGAAACCUUUUUUUUAUUUUGUCACAGACCUGUUGUCAUAGUUGAAAUGACGUUUAUUGUAGAUGGUAUUUGAACAACUUCUGGAAAUAGUUCAUCAAGUAUGUUUGUUGCUCAUUGUUGUGAUACAUUAAAAACUGUAUCUGCAAACCAGUUUGGUCUCAUCAAAUAUUCUUUAUUUCAUGUUCACUCUUUCAUGUUGUGGUUGGCUGGUUAUGUCGUAAUGAAGCAUCACUGGCUUGUCUUUCACACAUCUAAUUCUUAACUUAAAGUUUGCACAAAGCAGAAUCUCAUGUUGUUAUCCAGGAUUUUCAAUGCAGUGCUUAAAAUUUCUAUAU